CACAGUAUUGUCUCAUGCAGAUGAAGGUUAGACAAUGGUGUGCAUUGCAUGAUGAGUUCAGCCUGGGGACCUGUUAUUUUUACUGUCUUUUCUACAAGUUCUGAUGAAACAUCUCGCUCAGAUUUUUAAACAACAUGUGAUGCUAUUGGUGUCAUUAUGGCAAAUGACAGUUCAUCUGAUACAAACCAGUCCAAACUUGAUUUCGGACACAUCAUUUUAAUCUGCAUCUACGCCGUUACCGUUUUCUUCAUGGUUGUACUUGGAUGCCUUUGCCUAAACAAGUAUCGGUCAAUGAAGAAGGUCAUAUGGGAGCUAAGGCAAAAGAGGCCGUCUGUCCCCCAGGUUCCUUCCCAAGAUUCUCCACCUCCAUCUCCCAAUGUCCUGAAUAUUCCUGAACUGCCCGACCAUACUACAGAGAGCCCAUUACAGAGACAACCAACUAAAUCCAUAAGAUUUCCAUGGAAGCCUCCACUACAGGUUCCUCGGUUCACAAAGGCAGACCUAAACCUUAUUCAGCUCAUAAAGGCAGGUCGAGAAGGAGUCUUCUACAAAGCAAGGAUAAUGAGGGGCACAUGUAGAGGCCAUUCACUGGUCACUUGCAAAAUUGGAAAAGAAGGUAUCACCUCAAAGCAGAUGGAAAAUGAGGUGUCUAUUAUGAGAAAGCUGGCGUAUCAUAAAAAUGUGAUGCAGCUGCUGGACUGGAAUACAGCGGAAGCUAGACAAAAACAUAUCAUGCAAGACUGCUGGAUGGAUCCAUACACAAAUAGACCUUCAUUUACAGACAUUGUCAAGAUCCUGGAGAGUGUGGUGGAGAGUGAUGGGGAUUAUGUGGACGUUGACAACCAAAGGAUCAUGAAUGCAGAGGAAAAGUGAAUU